GAUCCCUUUGAUAGUGAGCGAAAAAUUUCUUUAAACUUCAAUUUUCAUAAUCAAAAGGUGCAUGAGUCAAUUAGAGAUUAAAGUGGAAAUUAAUUAAUGUUAAUGGUGAUGAUGAAGGAGGGCAGCAGCCUGAUGAAGAAGACCACUCAGGGCCGGAAAAAGAUUGAAAUCAAGAAGAUAGAGAACCUCAGCAACCGCCAAGUCACCUUCUCCAAGCGGCGGGUGGGGCUGUUCAAGAAGGCCAGCGAGCUCUGCAUUCUCAGCGGCGCUGAGAUCGCCAUUGUUGUGCACUCUCUGGGGAAGCGAGUCUUCUCAUUCGGCCACCCCACGCCGGAUUCCGUCAUCGAUCGUUUCCUCAAUGGCGGAGGGCCGGAAGGCGAGGAGCCGCGGGAGAACUGCCCGACGCCCAAGACGCGGGACUACAACAGGCAUUAUUCUGAGGUUUGCAGGGAGUUGGAGGUGGAGAAGAAGCGGAAAGAGGUCAUCGAGGAGGUGAAGAGAGUGGAGUGCUACGGCGGAGGAGGCGGAGGAGGAGAGUUUUGGUGGGACGAGGCGGUAGAGGGGCUGGAGCUGGAGGAGUUGGAGCAGUACGCAGCGGCGCUGGAAGAACUGAUGAAGAACGUCACCAUGAGGGCUGAUGAUCUGAUGCUUAUUCACAGUUCCAACUCUUUGCCUCCACCGCCUGCGGCGGUCAUAACCAUGCCCAACUCCGACAUGGAGGCGGCGGCGUGCUCGUUGGAUGAGCCCGCGAUGGUGGAGCAGAACCAGUUGAGCAGUGGUUGUUUUGAUUAUGGGAAUUGUAUUGUUCCUCAUGGGUUCGGACAAGGGCAGCUCUGAAUCAAAUUUGUUCCUACAGCGUGUAGGCUUUGUUCAUUUUUAGAUCCUUGAUCAGUUGAAAACUCAAAAAAUAAAUGUUUGUUUAUGUUUAUUUUAUCUUGUAGUUGUCAGCUUCCAGCUCUGUGUCGCUGCAUUACC